AUGCCUUCUUUCCUAUUUACCACCCUAUUUUCGGUCCUCUGCACGGCCGCCUUGAUACCACCAGCCCACAGCUUCGGCUUCGGCUUCUCGAAGCAACAUUCGCGCUCCAUUGCCCCCUCCAUCGUCCCCGUCGACUUCAAAUCCGAUCCCCUCGCCGACUCCCUCGCCCGGUUCUCCUUUCCCUCCAACACGCACGACAAUCCCGCCUAUGCCUCGGUACUGGCGUAUCUAAGUUCCCUUGAAUCCAAGCCAUCCUGUCACCGCACUGCAACAGCAUCCUUGAUAUCCGACUGCAACAGCCUCUCCGAAUCUUCCGACGAUGCUGAUCUCCGCUACCACUACGCGGCCCAACUAGCCGUCUGCGAGUUCGAAGCGACCGGUGUCCGGUAUCCGGCUGAGUGCAAGGGACUGAGCGGGAAGGGCGGACACAAGAGGUGUAUCAAGCGUCUCGAGGAACGGCCGCAGUGGUGGACGACACUCAGCAAUAACAUUCAGAAUGCGAUGAUGGUGUGCGUGGCGGUGAGGCACGAGGUGGAGCAAGACAGAUUACUGGAUCUGCAUAGAAACAUCACCAAGGUCCAAGAGCAGCUGUUCAAAGUCAUGGACACUUCGUUGAACCAGGUACAGGGCUUGCGGGAGGAGCAGGUAGAGUUCGAAGGCGGCUGGAAGGGAUUCUUGAGACAUGUCACGCAGGACGUGGAGGACUUUCAGCAAAGAAUCAUGGAUCGUCUGCGUGUGGGAGCGAUGAAUCUAGACGGGGCAUUCUCAAAGUUGAUGGAGAGGGUGGAUGAUGCGCAGGUGCAAAGCAAGAAUGGGAUACUGGAGUUGAAUACGGUUCUCCGGAAAGCCAAUGAAGACAGUAUCCUCUGGUCCGAGAAGACUCGAGAGGCAUGGGAAAGCGCCGAUCAGAUGAUCUCUCAGGCUUCUACGGAACAGCACCGCGGGUUGUCCAACGUCGUCCAUACGAUUGAAGAGAUCAAUACUCUUCUAAAGGCUACAGCUGAGAAGUCGGUCCAAUCACUCGAUGAGACAGCAGAGUCUCUCUCGGUGGCGCUCACCAACGCUGUCGUAACCGCCAACGACCUCUCGGCCCUGUCAAUACUCUAUACCUCCCUUCUUUCCACGCAUGAAGCUAUGCUACGCACGCAAGAAGCAGCCGAAUCCCGCCAACAAGAGUUGCUUACCACCAUUGCCAAACUGGAACCGCGAAUCAACGGGAUGGCAUCAACGUUGCUUCUCAGCGCGGAAAAGAUCGAAAAGUCACUGGACGAUGCGGAGACUAGAUUGCAAAGCAUGGGCGGUAUGUGGAACAAGAACGCCGCAGCGUUGAUCCUGAUGGCACUGUCGGCGGCGCUCUGGUUCGGACGUGAGAACUGGAGGGGCGCACUGGGUAUCGCCGGGUUGAUGACCAGUGCAUACAUGUGGUGGAGUGCCAAUCCGCAGCUUCACCGAUUACCCGGAUGGGCCUCGAACUACGAAUCCAUCGGCCGGGAUGUCAGCAUCGCCAGGGCGAUGGCGACAACCUCCAUCCAGAGCACCCAUCCCACCGCCAUACUGUUGGUACUGCUACCAAUCCUGGCGAUUGUAGCGGCAGUAUUUACGGUCUGGAUGCGGCUCAGCACUCCAUCUCGCCACCGCAACCGCGACGAAAAGCUGCCCGCUUGAGGAGUAUUUUUUUUCCCUUUCCUUUGUCAUUUUUUCUUUUGUUUGGACACUUGAUUGAUCUGUUUGUUGGACCGACAUUGACAUGACUUGCUUUGGGAUGCUUUGGGAUGCUUUGGGAUUUGUUUGCUGCUAUUUCUUCUGUUGAUUUGUUUGGUGCUUGGGUGCGGGGAACGGAUGCGAUUUGAUUUGAGCUGGCGGGACCAAGGUAUCGACUGAAAAGGGGGUUUGCGGGGGAUUGCAUGUUGUUUUUUGUUUUUUUUGUUGUUUUGCUGGAGUUAUUGGGAUUGUGCGAAUGAUAUUUCAUGAAUAGGCCUCUCGGACAGUAUGGACUCUGGAG